UGAGAUUUGCUCACACUUUCCUGUUGCCACACUUCAGAGACUGAAGACAUUAAAGAAAACAGCUGCAGUUUAGGUGCCAUUUAUAUGGGUUUUCUCCUUGGAUAAGAAAGGCCUCAGAAGCUUACAUGCCUUGGCAAAUCUUAGCCUUACAAAAGACAGAGACAAUAAAUAGUUCUUGAAGACUUAAUAGCCGAAAGAUGUCAAAGGUCAUCCCAAACCACGUGGUACGUGUUGGGCAGACAAUAUGUGUUUCAUCCCAGGAAGAAGAUGCUUGUUUGCAGCACCCUAGUGGUUGCUUGUCCUAUCACUCUUUGCCAACAUCGUAUUUGUAUUACUCAAUGGACGGCUGGGACAGACAGAGCUCGUCGGCUCAAACCAAGGGAUGUUCGUUGCCCAAGGCAGAACUCUAUGCCUCUAGUAACCCUACCACAGAAGUCACGCCUGUGAUGUCCCCAAAUCUGAGAGAUAGAUGUCUGCAAGAGGAACCAAUGGAAGCAAGGAAGGACAACUGCCCAGUCUCUCCGACAUUGGAUGUAUCCAUUGAGAACUUGAACCGCCUGAUACUGGAAAUUGACCCGACUUUCCAGCCUCUGCAGCUGAAGCCAGCUCAGGCCCAGAGUCCUGUCCAAGCUAUUCCACAAAGCAACACAGUGGUGGCCGCAAAACAGGAACCAGAUUCACCAGACAUAAAAUACAUCGAAAUGUCACCUGCCAGAGCAAGGUGUCAGGAGUCUUGGCAGAGCUCAGCAAGUCCUUCCAGCACUGCACUCUCUGGGUCUCCCCAUUUGUUUCCAUGUGGAGGAACCCACAGAGACGACUGUGACUUGAGUGGCCACAUGACCUUCGCAGGUGGCCAUGAUUCCGGAGGACCCCGGAAUGUCCCAACCACAGGGAGGCAGUCGCCAGCUUGCAUCCAGGUGUCGGAGAGUAUCUCUAUUCCACAAGGGGACCAGAAAAAUCCUGCUGCCUAUGGAUCAAAUUCUCACCUGGCUUCCUCCCCAGGCUUGGAGUAUUUACUGAAAUUGUCACAGCAUGUGAAGAUAGGCCAGAGGUGCAGCGCGGCAUCUGUACUUUCAACAAGUCCUGGGUCAGACACCAGUUAUGUUCUUGGAAGUAGCACCCAGUCGCUGUCCAACAAUGAACCAGACACUCCUCAGACCAGGUCUACCGGAAGUCCUUCCUCUCUUGGAUCCUUCAAUGGCUCUUAUGCUGGAUCCUGUAGCUCAGGUUCCUACUACCCUAGUGCCACUUGUUCCCAGAAAGGGAAUUCUUCCCAACCUCAGCUGUACCAGAAGGGACAGACCCAGAGUGGCUCGCCAUCCCCCAUUGCAAACUCCCCGUCCCCAAUCCCUAUUGUGCUCAUCAAUGGUCGUCCAGAAGAAAGUGAGAUUUCUCUCAAACCUUUCCGGGUUUACCCAGCUUCUUUCAGACACAAGAUACCCCAGCCCAAUUCUGGAACGUUUUCAGGAGUUAGUGCUUCCAACAAGACCUCUUCUGAGAGCUCGCUUUCCUCCUCUUCAGCUGUAGAUAGUUAUUCCAAAGAUGCCCAGCCAACCAUGAAGUUUGUAAUGGACACCUCUAAAUAUUGGUUCAGGCCUAGCAUCACAAGAGACCAAGCUAUCCAACUGCUAACGGAUAAACUCCCCGGCACUUUCAUCGUGCGGGACAGCACCUCUUACCGUGGCUCGUUUGGCUUGGCCAUGAAAGUCUUGGGCAGCAAAACAGGGGAGGAUGGUGGCGACCACAUCAGACACUUCCUCAUUGAGUCUUCUGCCCGGGGAGUACAUCUUAAGGGGGCUGAUGAAGAACCAUAUUUUGGAAGCCUCUCAGCAUUUGUGUAUCAGCACACCAUCAUGCCUUUAGCACUACCCUGCAAACUGGUCAUCCCUAGCCAAGAUUUCAUCGGCGGGCAAGAAAAUCCUGCCAUGGGUUCAGAAGCCACUCUUCCGAUUUCACAGAACGUUGCCGUAUGCAAUCUCUUGUACCUGCACUCCGUGACCAUGGAGACUCUCACCGGGAAAGCAGCAGUCCGGAAAGCCGUGUCCUCCACGUUUGAGCUGGAGAUCCUGCCCACGCCCACCAUAGUCCACUUCAAAGUUACUGAGCAAGGAAUAACCUUGACGGACAUCCAGAGAAAGGUUUUUUUCAGGCGACAUUAUCCCUUGGCUAGCAUCAGCUUUUGUGACAUGGAUCCUGAAAAUCGAAAGUGGCAAAAGUUUUCUAGAACUUCAAGGAUCUUCGGUUUUGUUGGCAAAAGCCCAGCAGACUCUGAGAAUAUUUGCCACCUCUUUGCAGAAUAUGAUGCAGUCCAUCCGGCUUCUCACGUGGUUGACUUUAUCCAGAAACUUUUACCUGCUGCUUAAAGCUCCCCUGAGACUGGGUUGUCUAUUUUCUAGCAGCCCUGCCCCCUAUAACUCAAGCGCACUGCCCCUUUACUGAACAGGGCUGUGACGGUAUAAUAACAUUUGAUGGGUUGAUGGGUUGACCUUUUGAAUCUGACUGGGUUGCAUUUUGAAAACUCUUAAAGGUCCAGACAAAUGUCAGCUGCUUUGUUGGAGGGCUGGAAUAGAAACGUGGAAUUGGCAGGUUAUAUGUCUUCAUGGGGAUUUUUAGGUGGAGGACCUCAUGCAUUGUCUCAUGUUCUCUUCUAGCUAAAGAAAGGCCAAUGACGUCAUUUCUUGUCUAAUGAUAUCAGAAACCCAUUUAUCAGAAAUAUGGUUUUCUUCAUGAAAAGGAUAGUCUAGUCACAUGCAAAGUUGCACUGUUUGCUGUGACAAUAGCAAGUCUUUGGGGUACAUUUUCCAACAGCAAUUUUAUUUAGUUGUUAUGCCAGAAGUAUUGAAACAAAACCUAUACCAACAACCAUGAUUAUAUCAUUUCUCUCCAUUUAUUGUAAUGUUCUGUGGAUAAUACAAUAAACUAAUUUUG